GAGCUCAUUCAUCCUCGCGCUGCUGCAUGUAGCUGUUCUAAUCUGUCCUGUAGCGUGUCUAUCAGCCUCCUCCCUCCUGCCGCUAUCUCCUCUAUCUUUAGCUCUGUACAACGCGGGCACCGGUUUAACGCUCUUCUUGAGUUAAAGCUUGCAUCUUUAUUCGGGCCGGUUUGUCUCUGUCGGUCGUGUACGACCCACACAGAUGUGAGAAUGACACUCCGGAGCUCUCAUCUGGUAUCCUGGACUUGAGAAGCGCGGUGAAGGAUGUUGUUUUGCCCGAGCCGGAGCGCACGGCGAGCCCGGGCCUCCCUCAUUCUGCCCGGGGUGUUGAUCUGCGUAAGCCUCGCCGCCGUCGGUGCGACUGUGCCUGCAAACAAGUGCCCCGAUCACAUAGACUGUGCCAGAAAGGGGCGGCACUUCUGCAAGCCCGGCUCCUCCUGCUGUGGCCCCUGCCUCACCCCGUUGGAGGAAGAUGAAGCAGGACGUUGUGUUUCUCACCGUACACACUUUCCCCGGGACCACCAUCACGGUAUUUCCACAGCCUCCCAUCCUGUCGUUGAUGAAGAAAUCGACUAUCUGUCCUCUGUCAUUGCCAAGCAGCAAAUGUUACAAGUCAAACAGCCAGACUCUCGCUCUCAGUCUUCUCCGCAAUCUCAGUCAGAAUCGAAGCAGAAGAGUCUGUACAAAGCCACAACUGUAGAACCAGCGACCAGUGGACCUUUGAUGCCAACGCACCAGACCCCUAAAUCUCCCACACCAGUCACAAACUCAUCGGACCGCCACGGGCCGAUCAUCUCCCCCCACUCUUCCAGGGACAGCCUGCUAGUCUUGAUGAUAUCUUUAUGCAUCAUCAUGGGAUCCAUGGCGCUCAUCAUCGCUGCCGUCUGCUGGAUCAGGGUACAGAGAGAAACUCGUCUGGCUCAGAAAGUUGAUUACCCUGCCUUUCAUGCUGCAGGCCCUAAUAAUAAUCAUACUUCAUCUGGGGAUGCAAAUCUGGCUCACAGUGCUCAGAUGUAUCACUACCAGCAUCAGAAACAACAGAUGCUUUCAAUGGACAAACAUAAAGCAGAACCUAAAGUCUCCGAGUCCGGGGCCACAUCAGAUGAGGAGAAUGAAGUGGGAGAUUUCACUGUGUACGAGUGCCCUGGACUGGCACCGACUGGAGAGAUGGAAGUGAAAAACCCACUGUUUGACGACUCCACGUUGCACUCCCAGAGAAAUGGACACUCCCACAACUGACCUGGACACACACACACACACACCUGCAUACGUUUAGAAUAAGUCUAACACUGCAUCCGUUACACCACACACAAAUGAAAAAACUAUGACUGUUUUUUUCUGGAAAAUCUCAGAACAAAGUGAGAAAAAACACCCAAACAUAAGAUACUGAAGAAGAUGGUAUGUAGUCAACCGUAAAUAAAAGUAAAAGACAGCAGUGGUUAAACAGUUUUCUUUUUACUCAGAUGCACAUAUAUGAAAUCUGAAAGAACUCCUUCACCGCAAACUCUCAGUGGAAACUCAGACCGGCCUUUUAAUGCGGUUUCUUUGCACCACAUCUGCAUUCUUUAAAUCUGGGGUUGGUUUUCUCAUCUUUUUAUGUCACCUCCCUUUUAAAACCGAUUCUCUAUUAUCUCUAUCUUUUUCAGCUAGAUGUCAUUUUUGAACCAGUCUUCAUGUUUUUGGGCAAAGCGGCCUCCAGCAGCACCUCUUCUGAUUAUUGUGUAUAAGAAAUACACAGUAUUUCUUUCUCCUCAUCUGAGAAUUAUUUUUUAUUUAAUUAUAUAAUAGUAGUGUCAGGAAAUUAAAUAUUAGUUAAACUAAAACAGAGAGACAUUGAGGUUCCUGUGCUCAAAUCACUUUAGUGUAAAUAAAUAAACUUAAAUGUAUUAUAUUUUACUUUCUUAAAGUGUAUGGGUGAAGAUGUUAUUGCAUAUGAGCUAUAAAACAAUCACACUUUUUAAAUACAUUAGCUGUGAUUACGGUUAAGAUUCAUG